AAACAACAAAACAAUGCAUACGUGUAGACAAGCUUUAAUUUAAAUUAUCUCCCCAACAUAUAUAAAUUGUAUAAAAAGCAUAGAACUUCUAAAUAAGGUACUUUUAGUUGUAAUCAUUAGGAGAUGGUAAGAGCUCCUUUUUAUGACAAAAAUGGUGUUAAGAAAGGUGCCUGGAGUAGAGAAGAAGAUGAGUGUUUAAGUUCUUUUAUUCAGAAACAUGGUCAUUCUAAUUGGCGUCAACUUCCCAAGCUUUCAGGUUUAGCGAGGUGUGGAAAAAGUUGCAGACUACGUUGGUUGAAUUACUUGAAGCCAAAUCUUAAACAUGGUAACUACACACGAGAGGAAGAAGAAAUCAUCAUCAAAUUACACCACCAACUUGGAAAUAAAUGGUCUUUGAUUGCUGAAAAGCUGCCGGGAAGAACGGACCACGAGAUAAAGAACUAUUGGCAUAGCUACCUAAAAAAGUCCUCAAAGAUAAAUGGCUACAACUACACAAUUUCUGAGUUGAAUUCUAAACCAUAUGAUAUUGUUGAAGAAAAUGAUAUUCAGCAUUCUGUAACAUCUCAAAACCCUAGUUCUGGUGUUGAUAAGGACUUUCAUAACUAUAUUUUAGAAAGCUCGACAUUGCCAAUGCUAGAGGAAACAUUAUCUGAAGAGAACUAUUCGCCUACCUCCAUGAAUAGCUCCAUGAUAGAAGAAGACAACGGUGCUCCAUGGUUGGCGUUCGAAGCAUUCGAGGGCGAUUUUUGGAAUGAACCAUUCAUCCUAGAUGAUACAUAUAGGGAACCAAACCGAACCAUAUAUAUGGUUCAAUUUGGUUUGGUUCAUGAUCCAUGCACACCCCUAGAUACAUACACUACUAAUGAGAUAUCUAUUGAUGACAUAGAGUUAAUGAUUUCAGACCACUAUGAUGGUUCAUAUAUGUUUUAA